UAAAACAGUGAACAUUUUUUGUUCUUUAUAUACUAUACUAACUUGUCAACUAGAGUCACAUAACUCGAAAGCAUCACUUCUGCAUGUGUAAAACUCGACCCAACCCCAAGAAACGCCCCACGAGGCUGCUGAAGCAUCGAUCACGGAGUGCGCGCCCGCGUGUGCGUUCAUGAUGGCGGCCGCUGGAGCGGCGGAGGCGAGCGUCAGCAGCGAUAGCAGCGACUCCUCGAGCACCGCGGACGAGGAGCGCGUCCGGCGACUCUUCCAGACCUGUGACGGUGACGGGGACGGAUUCAUAAACCGGAAUGAUCUGUUGAUGGUGUGCCGUCAGUUGAACAUGGAGAAUUCUGUACCUGAGAUUAUGGGUCAGCUCGGAGCAAAUGAACAGGGGAAGAUUUCUUUCGAGGACUUCACACGCUGUCGCAUGCAGCUGUUCAAUGAGAUCCGUAAAGAAGAAGGACAGCUAUCGCUUCUUUCCGGUGAUACGGAGAAAAGGAAAUGUCAGGAACACAUCGCUUCGUGGCCAACCAGCAGCGAUAAUAGCUUAGGAGCUCGGGAGAGUUGGGAAUAUGAUUCUGGAGCGAGAGACUUACUGACUCCAGACCUGCAGAUCUCACCUUUGCUUCAGAAACUAACAGAGCAACCCUGUGUACUGGAACCUUCACUUGACCUAAACCAUCUCAUGUCCCAGACACAGGCCGAUCAAAGCGGUCCUCUGAGCGGCAGUUAUCUGGAGCUGGCCAAUACGCUUCAUCUUGCUGCUCUGGCGUCUCUGAAGGGUGAUGUGGUGGAACUGAACCAGCGACUGCUGCAGAGCGAAAGAGAGAGAGACACGCUGGAGAGGAGGCUCGCUGAAGCACAGUUUGAGCAGUCGCAUCUGCAGCAGGAGCACGAGGAUGUGCAGGAGCGGACGACUCUACGCUACGAGGAGCGAAUCACAGAGCUGCACAGCAUCAUCGCAGAACUUAACAAGAAGAUCGACCUGCUGCAGGGGACCACCAUCAGGGAAGAAGAUGAACUUUCUGAACUCCGCUCUGAGCUCAGUCACAGUCAACAAGAAGUUAAUGAGGAUGAGCGAAGCAUCGAUCAGGACCCAGACCAGGCGUCCAUCUCGCUGCCUGAAAACCAAUCCACGCUGGUAACUGUAGACAUGGAUAACUGCAGUGAUCUGAACUCGGAGCUGCAGCGAGUCCUCACGGGGUUAGAGAGCGUCUUGUGUGGACGCAAGAAGAGCACAUGCAGUCUGUCUGUGGCCGAGGUGGACCGACACAUUGAGCAACUCACCACAGCCAGUGAACACUGUGAUCUGGCCAUUAAGACGGCGGAGGAGAUCGAGGGAGCUUUGGGUCGGGAUUUCUAUCCCAGUCUCUGCGAGGAGCGUCUGCGCUGGGAGAAGGAACUCGCCGGACUUCGGGAGGAAAACGAAAGUUUGACAGCGAUGUUGUGCAGUAAAGAGGAAGAUCUGAACCGUACCAAAGCCACCAUGAACGCCAUCAGAGAGGAGCGAGACCGCCUGCGUAGACGGGUCCGUGAGCUUCAGACGCGUCUCCAGAGCAUACAACCUGGCGGUCCGUCAAGUCCUGGCCGUCUGACUCCAGCGGGUCGAGCUGUGAAUCCCAGCACAGGAGAGCUCAGUACCAGCAGCAGCAGCAAUGACAUCCCUGUCGCCAAGGUGGCAGAGCGAGUAAAGCUGUCUAAGACACGAUCAGAAUCAAUAUCAGUCGAGAGAUCCGUCCUGGGCUCUGAGAUCAGCAGCAUUGGGGUGUCCAGUAAUGUUGCUGAACAUUUAGCACAUUCUCUCCAGGACUGCUCAAAUAUCCAAGAGAUCUUCCAGACGUUGUACUCGCACGGUUCUGCCAUUUCUGAGAGCAAGAUCAGAGAGUUUGAGGUGGAGACGGAAAGACUCAACAGUCGUAUCGAGCAUCUGAAGUCUCAGAAUGAUCUCUUGACCAUAACGCUGGAGGAAUGCAAGAGUAAUGCAGAGAGGAUGAGUAUGCUGGUGGGCAAAUACGAAUCUAACGCCACAGCGCUCCGUCUGGCCCUGCAGUACAGUGAACAGUGUAUCGAGGCCUAUGAGCUCCUGUUGUCUCUGGCAGAGAGUGAACAGGGACUGGUCCUGGGUCAGUUCAGGGCUUCUGGAGUCAGUGCUGUCGGAGAGCAGGUGGGUGAAGAGAGCAUCACACAGAUCCUGAAGAAAGCUCACGACAGAAGAAAGACUGCAGAAAUCGCCGCCAAAGACCUCCUGAUCAGACUGGACGGCAGCUGCGGCGCUGGGUUUGCAGUCGCAGGCUGUAGCGUGCAGCCGUGGGAGAGUCUGUCAUCUAACAGUCACACCAGUACCACCAGCUCUACGGCCAGCAGCUGUGACACAGAUUUCUCUAAAGAAGAUGAGCAGAGGUUGAAGGAUUACAUCCAGCAGCUGAAGAACGAUCGCGCUGCUGUCAAACUGACCAUGCUGGAGCUGGAGAGCGUUCACAUCGACCCAUUGAGCUGUGAUGUGAAACCUCGCGGUGACUCACAGAGACUCGACCUGGAGAACGCUGUCCUCAUGCAAGAGCUCAUGGCCAUGAAGGAGGAGAUGGCCGAGUUGAAGGCUCAGUUGUAUCUGUUGGAGAAAGAGAAGAAAGCUCUGGAGCUCAAGUUGAGCACACGUGAAGCUCAGGAACAAGCGUAUCUGGUUCACAUCGAACAUCUAAAAUCCGAGGUGGAGGAACAUCAGGAACAGAGACGACGAUCGCUAAACUCCACCGGCAGCAAAGACAAGAGCAGGGACUCUGGUGAUUCUCCUGCGAUCAGUUUGUCUGAUGUGAGAAGUCUGAAUGACAGCGAUCUCGCGGCGGAGCUCAGCAGCGCCCUCAGGAGAGAGAAGAAGUUAAAGGCUCGUGUACAGGAGUUGGUCACUGCUUUAGAAAGACUAACAAAGAGCAGUGAAGUCCGACAUCAACAGUCUGCUGAGUUUGUCAAUGACCUGAAAAGAGCCAACAGUAAUCUGGUGGCGGCGUAUGAGAAAGCAAAGAAGAAACAUCAGAACAAACUGAAGAAGCUGGAGUCUCAGAUGAUCGCCAUGGUGGAGAGACACGAGACGCAGGUGCGGAUGUUGAAACAACGCAUCGCUCUUCUAGAAGAGGAGACGUCACGACCGCACACCAAUGAGACCUCGCUUUGAUAAACAGACAGUUAACUCCCUUCACCGCCGUGCAUCAGACAGACAUCACCCAAAGUCAACUGACAGAGAGAUUCAGCCAAUGAGUGGUCUCCAACAUGUCUGGAAUAACCAAUAGCAUGGCAGAGGUCCAAUGACAGACGACAGUCUUUCAGGGCACAUACACACACACACACACACGGCUGGACGUCUCUUCACAGUCAUGUGACAGCUGUCAAUCAUGCUUUGGAAUAAGAAGUCCUGUACUGUUUAUAAAGCAUUUAGAAAAGACUUUAGACUGGAAAAAAUUCAUAAUGAAAGGACUUUUUUGUAAUAUUUGUUACUAUAUGACUGCGUUCUUCUUCCAAACAUUUUGGACGCUACUUUCUAAAGUAAACGAUCACAACCUUCCUCACACACAUUCACAUUUACUCACCAUUAUUUAGAUCAAAUCUGUAUGACUUUCUCUCUUCUGUGGAACAUAAAUGACAUGCGAAUCUGAAUCAUAAAAUAUGAUUAAAGUAUCAAAUAUACUGUACGUAUCUUGUGUGAUAAAGUAUUUUGUUUACAUUGGUUUAAUGUCACAUUUGUGUAUGCAGAACAAUCUGCUAAGCAAAGACUUUUUUUAAUGUUUUACAGACAAAAGUAAGUCAUACAGUAUUAAAACCAUAUUUAGUAAAUGAAAGCAUUUUCAUUAAGUUUCAGUUCUUAAAACAUAAUGGCCAUUUUCAUCAGUCAUCAGUUUUUAAUGUAUCUACUCAUUGAAUGAUGUUUCCUGAUGCUUUAUAACAUUUUACAGUCCAUCUAUGAAGCAGGAUUUCACAUGAUGUCAUCAAUCAUCAUUUUCAUCAUAUAAUGUCAUUUAAAUAUUCGAUCUGAAGAGUUUUGCAGCAGCAAUACGCACUUGCAGUAAACAAGACAUUUUCACGAUUUAGCACAGCAGUUCACAAAUAUUCAUCGCAAAAAUUGAAAUGUUUAUUUGGAUAAGAUCCAGUUAUUUUGCAUAAUGAUUUGCAUUGUGGCAUUUUCAUGACAAUGGGUUUUAUAUAUGUUGAAAUGCAAAUCGGUUUAAAAUAAUCAUCUUUAUUUUUUACUUGUAUGAUUUUGUGAUGAAAUCAGGGUGUUCCUCACAGGUUAUUAAAACAAGCAACCCAUGUGUGAAAAUAAGAAGAAACGAUUCCUCUAUAAAUUAUAAAGUGAUUUAUAAAGGUUUAAUCUGUGUUGUAUUGUUGAUGUUUUUACUGUUUUCAGUGGAAACGUCUGCAGUGACUUGAGGGGGUUUUCUUUUUGACCAAAGCUAAAAUCUGCAAACAUAGGGCAACAGAUGCCGUAUGAAUAUAAAUGUACAUUUGAGGUGAAUCAUUUCUUACACUAAGAUUACAACUUGAUGAUGUAGCUUUUACAUUUGUUUGCAUGUGAAUACAGUACAACCAGAGGAAUGUAAUAGCAUUAUGUCAGAUUUAAUUUAAUGCAAACUAAUGAAGCAGGUCUGAUUUUAAGGACACUGUUUCACAGGAUCACCACAUUGCCUAUAGACUUUGUUUUAAAAAAAUUUUGCAUUGAAACCUCAAUAGCUGCUGUACUUCUGUGCAUUAUAAGAUGCUGUUUUAUUCCAAAGGUUUUGAGUUGCGGUGCCAUUUAUGCAUAAGCAUUUUUCAUCAGUUAUAAAUACAUUUUUAAGUGCUGGACAUUCAUAGGGAAAUCUUAAAGCAAUAGAAAUCUGCUCACUCAGUCGGACUGUUUUUAUACCAAUCUGCCCACAAGAGUGUAAAUGUGAACAGGCAUUUAUUACAGUAAAACAUUAUUCCUAAUGCAGUUUGACCUCUCUGUGAUAAACUGAUUUACAUGUCUGUUAUUGUAAGGAUUGAUAUUUAGGUAUGAGAGCAUUUUAAAUGAAUUCUUACAAGGAAGACUAUACGACAGUUGCGCUUUCUUUUAUGAAAAGUAAAUGCAUAUCCAUUUCAAAACAAUGGGCUAGAGAAACUACAGUGGGGUUUGUGAAUUGUACCUAAUUUGCACAGAUCUGUUUUUGAAUCAAAUCUUUGCAAACAUUUUUGUUUUAUUUUAAUACAGAAUGUAUUUGUUUAUAUAAUAAAAUAUUAAAUCAUG